GAUAGCCACCGUUGAUGACUAAACCAGUUCUUUUCCUUCUUUUACUCUAUAAAUAAUCAACACAUGAUUACAGAUAUGGGUUUUUUCCGAAUCGUUUAAUUCUUCAAAGGGUUGAUCUUUUUUCUUCUGUUUGCAAUGGGUGGAAAUUGGAAAUGGAGCAAGUUCAAGCCUUUCUCUGCUAUCUUCAUUUUGCUGUUUCUCGUGUUUUUUCACUGCAAUUUUGGUUACUGUUUCUCGCUCAACCACGAAGGUUAGUUUUUCCGGCUUCAGCUCGUUGAUUUUUCCUUCCUUUCUUGAGCCGGUGAUGAGGAGAAUGAAUUGGAAUUUGAGUUGGAUGCGAUUAUGACAGGGUUGGCUUUGUUGAGGUUUAAACAGAGAUUGAUAAAUGAUCCGUAUAAUGCUUUGGCUAGCUGGGAAUUAGGCUUGGAAGGAAAUUUAUGUCCAUGUUCUUGGUCUGGCGUUCGGUGUUCCUCUGAUGGUGAAGUCAUUGCCUUGGAACUCAUGGAUCUCUGCCUUGAAGGAACGUUGGCACCUGAAUUAGGUCAGCUGACACAUCUAAAAGCAUUGUAAGCAUGCACACAACUCUGAGUCGCAAGAUGUCAGUUUUCUUGUUUAUCUUGGCAGCUGAAUUAGUUUUCUUAUAUUUGUUGCCAUGUGCAGAGUUUUGCGAAACAAUUCUUUUUCUGGGAUUGUUCCGAAACAAAUUGGAGAACUGAAAGAGCUCGAAGUAUUGGACCUUGGAUACAACAAUUUUAGUGGACCAUUUCCACUGGAGAUUGGCAAAAACCAAUCUGUUUCAAUUCUUUUGAUCAAUAAUAAUAGGUACAUAGGCAACAUAACUCCUGAUACCUAUGAUGGUAAGACGUUUUCUGGACCUCAAGUUACUGAAAGCUCGACUGAUGUAGCUUGUGGCAACAGACUAUCUAAAUCUUCGAAAGCAUUGCAACAAGGUGAUACACCACUGAGAAGGUUUCUUAAGGGGUCUGAUUCAAAGAAUUCAACUGAAAAAAAGAAUAAGAAAAACGGUAAAAAGUCAUCACCAUCCUCUUCAGAAACUCCAGCUCCAUCACCAUCCUCCCCACUUUCUUCUCCUUCAGAACCUCCAUCAUCCAUAUCAUCUCCUCCAUUCACAUCAUUCGACAAUCCAUCUCCAUCACCAUCACCAUCGCCAUCAGACUCAUCAGACUCUUCCAGUAUGUCCCGAUCUCCACUCCCUUCACCAAUACCAGCCCCAUCUGCUGUUAUACCAGAGAAGUCCCAUCCUUCUACAACUGCACCAGCUCCAGCUCCAGCUCCAAUACCGAGAAAUGCAAAAAAGACAAACAAACAUCUUGUAUUUGUACUAGCUGGCGUACUUGGCGGUUCAGCGUUAUUGUUUGUUUCAGUUCUCAGCUUUUUAUAUUGUAGAAAUAAUAAGGUCGUUACUGUUAGACCUUGGGCUACAGGGUUAAGUGGGCAGCUGCAGAAGGCAUUUGUGACAGGUGUGCCAAAGCUCCAGCGCUCAGAACUUGAAGUAGCUUGCGAAGAUUUCAGCAAUAUAAUUGGGGCUCUCUCAGAUGGCACUGUUUACAAAGGGACCCUUUCAAGUGGUGUUGAAAUUGCAGUGACAUCUACUGCAGUAAAGUCCGCUAAAGACUGGUCGAAAAACUUGGAAAUCCAGUUCAGACACAAGAUAGACACAUUGACAAGGAUCAAUCACAAGAACUUUGUGAACCUCAUCGGCUAUUGUGAAGACGAGAUGCCUUUUACCCGAAUGAUGGUUUUUGAGUAUGCUCCAAACGGAACGCUGUUUGAACACUUGCAUAUUAAAGAAUCUGAGCCCCUGGACUGGAGCGCAAGGUUGCGGAUAGCAAUGGGUAUAGCAUACUGCCUUGAGUACAUGCACCAGCUCAACCCACCUAUUGCCCACUGGAACCUGCAAUCAUCGUCAAUAUAUCUUACAGAAGACUACGCGGCAAAGAUGUCCGAUUUCUGCAUCUGGAAUGAAGUAAUCGCAGCAAAGAUGGGAUCAGAAACUAUGAAGCUCUUGGAAACUCCAUCAGCUGAUGAUCCGGCUAGCAACGUCUUCAACUUCGGGGUAAUCAUGCUCGAAAUGCUCACAGGUAGGCUUCCAAUGUCAGCUGAUGAUGGUUCUCUAGCGGACUGGGCACGGGAUUACUCCAGGAAAGGGAGGCCCUUUAGAGAUAUAGUGGAUCCAACGUUCCAUUCUUUCCGGAAUGAAGAGGUUGAGAAACUAUUCAAACUCGUACAAGAUUGUCUACAUCCUGAUUCAGAAGAGCGCCCAAGUAUGAAAGAAGUAGUAGCCAGAUUGAAAGAAAUAACUACUAUUGAACCUGAUGGAGCUACACCCAAAACAUCACCUCUUUGGUGGGCUGAAGUAGAAAUCAUGUCAACAGCAUAA